GGUGGGAGCCCGCUGGUGUGGUGCGGAUGGGGUGUCCGGGGGCAGCGGGCGCGGAUCGCUGACAACGGCCGCAGCCAGUGAGCCUGGCGGCGGGGGCCCAGGCUUCCCAGCGCGAUGCGCCGUUCCAGCACUGAUGAGUCCACAUACCGGCGCAGCCCUUCUCCGGAGAGCAAGGAGCCGGGCUUCGCGCGCGGCGGCCCCUUUAGGCGCUGCAGCAGCUUGUACGGGCGCGCGGGCGCCGGGGACGCCGGGGAUGCGGGCGGCGGCUUCUUCGGCCUGCACACGAACCCCGGCCCCAAGGCGGCCCAGGCGCGCUAUACGACUCCCAAGGGCAACAAGUAUGUGGUCUUUUACCUAGACCUCUCCUUCAUCUUCCUUCUAGAGCUGAAGCGCUGCAGCAUGGCGCGCGGCUGCCUCCAGGGCGUCAAGUACCUCAUGUUCGCCUUCAACCUACUCUUCUGGCUGGGUGGCUGUGGUGUCCUGGGCGUUGGCAUCUGGUUGGCUGCCACACAGGGAAACUUUGCCACUCUAUCAUCCUCAUUCCCAUCCUUGUCGGCUGCCAAUCUACUCAUCGUCACUGGUACCUUCGUCAUGGCCAUCGGCUUCGUGGGCUGCAUUGGGGCCCUCAAGGAGAACAAGUGCCUACUGCUCACUUUCUUUGUGCUGCUGCUGCUGGUGUUCCUGCUGGAAGCCACCAUUGCUGUGCUCUUCUUUGCCUACAGUGACAAGAUCGACAAUUAUGCCCAGCAAGACCUGAAGAAGGGCCUGCAUCUGUAUGGCACACAGGGCAACGUGGGCCUCACCAACGCCUGGAGCAUCAUCCAGACUGAUUUCCGUUGCUGUGGAGUUUCCAAUUACACUGAUUGGUUUGAGGUAUACAACGCCACUCGUGUGCCUGACUCCUGCUGUCUGGAGUUCAGUGACAGCUGUGGGUUACACGCACCUGGUACCUGGUGGAAAUCGCCCUGUUAUGAGACAGUGAAGGCCUGGCUCCAGGAGAACCUGCUAGCUGUGGGCAUCUUUGGACUGUGCACGGCGCUGGUACAGAUCCUGGGCCUCACCUUUGCCAUGACCAUGUACUGCCAGGUGGUAAAGGCGGACACCUACUGCGCAUAGGUCUCACACCUCUGCUUCUCUGCCAAAGGACCCCACCCAUGGGGAGAUGUCCAAACUUCCCAUGCAGGACUCGGUGCUCUGCUGAACGCAGGGGGAAGAGCUUGAGGCCAAAGCACCCAGGAUCUACCCCUGCACCCAAGGGGGCCUCUGCUUGGGUGGCUGCAGUCACCAGAUUAUAGGGUUGGGGCCAAACAUGGCACCCAGGGCUAAAAGCCCAGGGAACUUUGACACUUUUUAUAUCCAUAUAUCUUCCAGUAUUCGCACAGGAUAGGGUCCCCAGCCUUGCAUGGAUGCCAGGUUGGGGGCAGGCCCAGUCUGAUCAAGGCCCACAAUGGUCCUGGUGCUUCAGGCAGGGCCAGGUUCCAUUGAUUCACAUUCCAUGAUGGUGGCGCGGGACCAGGUGCAUCUUAAUAAAGUAUGAGCAGCCCCUGUGUCUAGUUGGACACACAAAAAUUGUACAGCCACAGCCUCCAACUGAGGAAGUUCUUUCAUUAGCCGAGGGUCAGCAGAGUUGGGAGCAUUGCUGACCCAUUGCGGGUUGGGGGAAGAGAUGGCCUCUGUCCAUUCCUGUCUCUCCUGGGAUGUCACAGACACUCUUGUAUCUCUGUCCUAGGAACUCUGCCCUUAGAUUGUGCAGAUAGACUGCAAACAGCACCUCUAGGCGACACGAGCCCUUGCUACUGGCCAGAGUUAAAGCAUCAAAGUUGUGUCUUCUUAACCAGGGGGUAAAGAAGAACCCUAGGUGAGGGCCUCUGGCUGUAGGGCUAGUACCCUGGGUGUUUAGGUGGCCUCCUCCUAGGCCCCUCAGGAGCUGGUAGGCACCUGACUCCCAGUCCCUAUAUCCUGCUAUCCGAGAGGCCUACUCUGCGACACAGUUCUCAUUAGGGGUCAUCCUUGUGACUCCCACACCUGAGAGUGACAUGCACUGGGCUGAAUCCUUGCUUCCCACUGUCCUCUCUCUAGUAGAAGCCAUAGGACCUAAAGAAUCUCAGAAUUACUAUGGAGUCAGCUGCUCCAGACAAGCUGCUAAAUUAGCAAAAGGCCCUUUUACUUAUAGGUUGCUAAACAGAGGAAGCUGCAUUCAGAAUACAUGGUGUGCUGACUCUGCUCAAAGCCUUAGCCCUCUUGAGCUUUCCUCAGGUCCCAGGAUGCCUUCCCAUCCCCAAGCUGAGCAGCUCUCAGAGAGAGCCCAUGGUUACCAGACCACCAUAGCCACUAAAAGCCUACAGUGCUUUACUCUUACUGAAUUUCUAUCCACCAGUCGGUCAGUUCUUGAACAGCACCUCUGUACACCCCAACUUUGCUGACCCAAACCCAGAACCUGAAGUUUACUGCUUAGUGGAGUUGCCCCUGAAUGGCUCUGGGGUCAAUCUCCAGCACUAAUGAGGAAAAAGAAACCGAGAAGUGAACUGAGCUGCCCGCUUUUCUGUGGCCCUAGAGAACUCACCUAAGUUCCCAUCUACUCCCCGUCAUUUGAUAUCGUCACCCCAUUCCAACCAGGACCCUUGCCUGUGGCACUCUGACCUCUACUUCCUUGUCCCUAUACCACCUUGGUCACUCCAUCUGCUAACAGCAGGCUGUACCCAGCCUGCUGUUGUUACUUCUCCAGUGCUCUGCCCGCAACCAGGUAAGCUCCAUGCCACUAACUUUGUUUUUGUAGACUAGGGUGGCCUCAAACUCACAGAGAUCCGCCUGCAUCUGCUUCCCGACUACUGGGAUUAAAGGUGUGUGCCACCAUGCC